CCAGCCGCGGGGCUGGAGCAGCGCCGGGACCUUCCUGUCCAGCCCCCCGGAGCCGGGGUCCCCGGCUCGGGAAACAGCAGCAGGGGCAGGAAAUCGCUGCCCGGAGGGGACCGGAGCGGAGCCCAGCCCGGUUCUCCCCCCCGCCCCGCGAUCUCGCUGCCCCGAAGGGUCCCCGGCCUGGAUCCCGCCUCCCCCCCAGCAGAGAGCGGGGCCGGCGGGGCCAAAGCCCCGGGGGGAGAUUUCGCCCAGCAGGAUCCCCCGCCCCGCCCGCGAUCCCCCGCAUGGAGCCGGGGGCAGAGCCGAGGGGCCCGGAUCUCCAGGGCUCCCCGGGAAGGGAGAUCCCCAGAGGCGCCCGCCCAGGUGCCAGGAAGGAGGAGGAGAAUCCCCAGCAGGAGCCACACAGGCCGUCGCAGAGCCCCGAGCAGGGAGAGGCCAACAGGGCGGGACGGCAGGGGGGAGACCUCCAAGGGGUGGAAAAUGGCUUUGGGCUUCUCAAUAGCAUGUCUGUCCCCCAGAGACUGACCAUCUGUGGGCAAUGUGGGAAGAGCUUUAGCCAGUAUUCGGACCUUAUUAAGCACCAGCGGAUCCACACGGGGGAGAGACCCUACAGCUGCUCCCAGUGUGGGAAGAGCUUCAGCCAGAGCUCCCACCUCACCAAGCAUCAGCGGAUCCACACCGGUGAGAGGCCCUACAAAUGCCCUGAUUGCGGGAAGGGCUUCAACGACAGCUCCUACCUCCUGCAGCACCGCCGCACCCACACGGGCGAGCGGCCUUAUGAAUGCCCGGACUGUGGGAAAAGCUUCGGAGACAAGUCAGGCCUUACCCGCCACCAGAAGGUACAUCACGGCGAGAGACCCUACAAAUGCCCUGACUGCGGGAAGAGCUUCAGCGACAGCUCCUACCUCAUCCAGCAUCAGCGCAUCCACACGGGCGAGCGGCCCUACAAAUGCACCGAGUGCGGGAAGAGCUUCAGCCGGAACUCACACCUGGUUCAGCACCAGCGGGUCCACACGGGGGAACGCCCCUACCAAUGCGCUGAUUGCGGGAUGAGCUUCAGCCACAGCUCCACCCUGAUCGGGCACCAGAGGACCCACCGUGGCGAUAAGCCCUACAAAUGCCCCCAGUGCAGGAAGAGCUUCCGGCACAAGUCAACCCUGGUGAAGCACCAGCGGACCCACACCGGGGAGCGGCCCUACAACUGCGCCAAGUGUGGGAAGAGCUUCAGCUGGGGCUCGGCUUUCAUCAAGCACCAGCGCACCCACACGGGGGAGCGGCCCUACCAAUGCACCCAGUGUGGGAAGGGCUUUGGGGACAGCUCGGCCCUGAUCCAGCACCAGCGCACCCACACCGGGGAGCGGCCCUACAAGUGCUCUGAGUGUGGGAAGGGCUUUGGGGACAGCUCCACUCUGAAUCAGCACCAGCGCACCCAUUCGGCAGAGAAACCCUACAAAUGCCCAGAGUGUGGGAGGAGCUUCAUCCUCAGCUCCCACCUUGUCCGGCACCAGAGGGUCCAUGUGGCCUAGAGUCCCCAUGUGAGGACUGUUCUAUUCACUGUUCACAUCUCUUUAGGGACCUUAGAAACCAGACCUCCUUAGAGACCAGAGAGCAGGCCUCUUUAGGGACCAGGCCUCCUUAGAGACCAGAGAGCAGGCCUCUUUAGGGACCAGCCUCCUUAGAAACCAAGGGCCUUGGAGACCUGGGACCAGGCCUCUUUAGGGAGAUGGAAGCAGGCUCUUUAGGAACCACAUCAGCCCAGAGACCUGAUAUAGUUUUUCCCCUGGCGCAAGGCACAGCCCAUUGCAAUAUGGAUGCAGCGUGUGUAUGGGCGGAAGCGGGGACAGGAAUGACUGAGGGCCCCAUGGGUGGAAAUUAGUUGAAGUGGGGAAGGAAGUGAACGUGGGGGUCCCUUCUGCCCCAGUCAAGAUGGGGCUAUUAGAAAUGCUUAGAGGCCACACGGCAGGGUUCUCAGCCUGGGAUCACUGCCCCACAAAGGGGGUCAUGGUAACCAUGCCCCUUCCUUGUUUCUAAGAGGGCGGGUUCCCGGCUAUAUGGCAGUGGUAUCCUGGUAGGGAAAAGGUGAGAAUCCCCAUAAUAGUGAGGGAGUGAUCUCUGAAGGACUUGGGGGCUUUUGUCUGUGCCCGCUCCUGGGUGGGGUGGGGGUAGGGGGACCUGUUCCUUCGUUCCCCUGGAACUCCACAGCUCUGGGCCUCACUCUCUGCUCCUU